UUUAGACUUGACGUCCAAGUGGAGAUAGAACCAAGCGAACUUUGAACUACUCUGUCUUACUAGUCUUCCCUUCUGUAUGACUGCCUAAUGUUUGCUUUAGUUGUCAUUAGUUACAUUCAGAUUGGUCUAUGGUCAAUUGACAGUCACGAGGGAGUUCUCCGGGAGUUUCGCCACACUUUUUUUUCUUGCCCUACUGCCAGCAAAGAACAGCUGUUUAAAUGCAGUGAAGGUCAAAUCUGGGCAGCAACAAUAGCAAUCCACAGAAAAACUUUUGUGGCUUGAGCUUCCUGUAAUAGUGGUUCCUGGGCUGUGACAGGCAAAAGUUAAAAUUCUGUUACUUUUGUCAUAGAAACAGAUGAUAAAAUGGAUACAGCUGUUUGGAAAAAGAGAUUGAUUCGCCUGAUGGAGGACAAUCGCGGUCUCAUUGUUCUCUUGUUCUGCUUACCUGCUUCCUUCGUUUUCGAUGUCGCUCUUCAGUUACGUAACUGGUUCUAUCGUACCGUUUUGUCAGCUCCUCAACGUCAUGACGAACGUGUUCGCCAGAUUCAGUCUAAGGUGCGCCAUUGCAACGAUCUUCCCGAUUCAGAAAAGAAGAAAAUGUGCACUGCCCGGCCAAAUUGGCUAAGCUUAUCUACAACAUUCUUCAGAAAAGAUCUUUGUCACAAAAUCCCUAUUCCGUUGUACGACAUUCUUGAACUAAAUGAGGAAGCAAUGACCGUGCGCGUUGAGCCCAUGGUAACUGUUGGUGACAUUACACGUUACCUAAUACCCAAAGGUUAUACAUUGGCGGUGACUUUGGAAAUUGCUGAUGCUACCCUUGGAGGACUAGCAUUUGGCGUUGGCAUGACCACGUACUCACACAAGGUUGGAUUAUACCAAGAGACUAUUGCUGCAUAUGAUGUUGUGUUGGGAGAUGGUAGCUUAGUCCGAGUGACUAAAGACAACGAAUACUCGGAUCUAUUCCACUGCCUUCCGUGGUCGCACGGCACGCUAGGAUUUCUUGUUGCCCUAGAAGUCCAAAUCAUUCCAGUGAAACCUUAUGUAAAAAUGGAGUACAUUCCAAUCAAGGGACAAAAAGAGUAUUGUGACAAAAUACGUGAAUUAUCGGGAGCAAUGGAUAAAGACAAGCAAACACCCGAUUUUGUGGAGGCAACCAUUUUCAGCAAAAAUGAAGCGGUUAUUAUGGUCGGUAACUUCGCGAACGUUAAAAAUGCACAAGAGGAAGCACAGAUUAAUCACGUUGCUCGUUGGUAUAAACCGUGGUUUUACAAACACGUUGAAAGCUUCCUCAAUAAGCCUCCAACCCAAGAAUUUAUUCCACUACGCGAGUAUCUGUUACGGCACAAUCGCGCCAUUUUCUGGGUAGUCGAAUCUAUGAUUCCUUUUGGUAACAAUCCCGUUUUCAGAUUCUUGUUCGGAUGGCUAUUGCCUCCCAAACCUGCGUUCCUGAAAUUCACUACAACACCGGGCAUUCGUGCAAUGACUUUUACCAAGCAGGUUUUUCAAGACAUCGUCCUACCAAUUAACGUACUGGAAAAACAAAUUGAUGUUUCUGAAGAAAUUUUCGACGCUUAUCCUAUUUUAGUAUACCCUUGCAGAAUAUAUGAUCACGGGCCCCAUACUGGCCAACUACGUCCUCCUCGACCUGAUCAAAUGUGUCCUGGUACUAACUGGGGUAUGUUUAAUGACCUUGGCGUCUAUGGAGUGCCAGGGCCGGUGAAGCGUAAGCAACGUUUCGAUGCUGUCGCUGCCAUGCGCAAAAUGGAAAAAUUUACCCGUGACGUAGGAGGAUAUCCGUUCCUGUACGCCGAUAUCUUUAUGGACCGAAAGGAAUUUGAAGAGAUGUUUGAUCUCGCAGCUUAUGAAAGAGUUCGUACUAAGUAUCAUGCCAACGGUGCGUUCCCUCACCUUUACGACAAGGUUAAACCGGAGAUAGACGUCAUCAAAGUUGGCAAAGAGUAUAUGGAUCCUUUGUAGGAAAUACUGUAACUUGAUUUCGCCGUGCUUAAUUAAUAAACAAAUAGGCUGGA